AUGCCCUCUACCUCUCUUCCCAGACUCGAACAUCUUCUUUACCAAACUCCCAAGUCAAACACUCGUCAACCAAACUUCAUAAACACCCUACCAGCUCAACUCUCUUCAACAAACACAUCACCUUUGGAGACCAACCUCCAUCUAUCACACAACCCUCAACGCACAACUCGAACCCCAUACUCGAGUAACACCAAACACAACAUGGCCUCCAGAUACAGCUCCUCCAAGCCGAUCGUCCACCAGGCCCCGGCCUCUAUCAGCAGCGCCUACUCGGCAUCAACAGGCUCCUACGCCUCAUCAAGAGGCUCCUCCACCCCUCGCUCCAUCUCUCCCAGCGAUGAGGCCUACCUCCGUGUCUACGGCGCAGACCAGCACCGCGCUGCCAUCAAGGAGAACAGCGGCGUCACGAUCAUCAACCGCAAGCAAGCUGGCUACGACGCCCACGCUCCAUCACCACACUACGGCGGCGGAUACUCGCGCCACUAG